AUGUCGGAGAAUCCGAAGUGGUCCUCUUUACUUAGUAAUCACAACCAGAUUAAGCGGAGACGUCCACUUAUCCACGAUGACGAAUUCCCAAACACCAACGCCAACAGUGACAUUAGUCUUGCAAUCAGUGACAAUCCGGAUAAUGGAGCUUCGACUGACAAUGAACAUGAUAUCGUGGUGAUUGAGUCGGAUAGUUCCGACAAUAAUAAAGAAAAUGAAGAAAUAGAGGGGGAAAAUAUAUCGCGACAUGAAGACUCACUUGGUUUUGUCUUCAGUUCAGACAGCGAUAAUGGGAAUGAAGAAUCACACGAAGACCAGGUGUUACUGAAGCCGUUUGCCAAACGAGAAGUUAAUACAAAGCUUGAUUGCUUUAUAUCUGCAGUUGGAGAUAUUCCUCAUAUGAUGGAACCUUUGGAAUUGCCUUCCAAGAAAGAACUAAGAACUCCUUUGUCUUCGCGUUUGGCUACUCUUGUGAGACGCGUUCGGUCGGACAAAGUAGUUCGGCUUCAUACGCAUGCUAACGAUUCUAACGCUGACAACACCCGGGCCCAAGUCUUCACAACGAACUCAGUUUUCCUUCCGUCCGCUUCUCGCUCCAUCCGUGGACACGUUGUUGCUACUGUUAUCCAACCGGAAAUGCUUGGCACUCUUGCAGUCAUCGUUUUGGAUGUGGGGAUUGCGUUUUUGGUGAAACUAUCCAAUGGGAGUUUGUCCAUGCUUCUCCUCCCUUCAUCAGUUUGUCGUCAAUGGCCACGGGAUGGUGGUGAUGAAUCCAGUGCUUCAAGUAGAAUGACGGUAGUCUCCACGAUGGAUCCGGGUUGUGUUUACAGUGUUAAAACACUGCCUGUGGUUACUACCGCUUCUGACGCGGGACUUACUAAAAAAGCUCAAAAGGUGUGGAGUCGUCUUCCUGAUUUCCUGAAGUGCGAUGAGAGGUUGGCUCAAUUCGUUUCGUCAAAUGAUGCCUCCAAUGAAUUGGAUCUUUUUGUACUCAAAAAGGCCGCGAAAUUCCACCUCGUCUUGGAGAUGACAGCAUUCUCCGAGACCACCUUUUUUCUCCCUUAUUCCGUACGUUCUUAUUUCUAG